AUGGUGGACCCUCUUUCAAUGGCUGGGCUCGCCUAUCCAGUCGUUCGUGAUCUCCUCACUCUUGGCCGGCAAAUGAAAAAGAUAUACAAGAAAGUUCGUCACGCCAAACCAGAUUUUAAGAGAAUGUCCGAUAGGACGAAGAUAGUGGCUGGAACCUAUGGAUUUUUCAAGGAGACCAUGAAGGGUGUACAGCAAUUCGAAAAGUUAAGCACGAUGUUUGCACAACAUGGCGACCUUAUAAAAAAAGUGGAGGAUGAGUCCCAAAAAAUAGUCGAUAGACUUAGAAGCAUCAAAAAAAAAUUCGGGUUUCUAUUAGGACGGAAGCCCGCCAAUCUCGUGGACCAGUGCAUUGCACACUGGCUAUGGUAUAACGAGAGUAAGGAAAUUGUCCCAGCUCUCUUCCAGGAUAUGGAAGUUUUGGAAAACUCGAUGACAACGAUUGGGAUUCUGGUGAACACACACAUUCUCCUUCAAGAUUACGAAGCGAGCCGAUCUCAAGAACUCUCGGCACAAAUAUCGUCCUUUCAACUCAUGCUAAAAGUAGGAUUCCAAAGACUCACGCAGGCUCAGCGCGGACUCCCGCCAACUCAGAGUGUUAGCGUGAGAGCUUUUGUCCAAGAAGUGUUGCAGCUUCUAAGGGAAGAAAUCCCGCAACUUCAGAUCGACAGGCCGGUCCUUAAUAGCCCAGCGACCGUUGUAUUUAGAGCGCCCGCAUCCUUUGAGGAUCAGGUAGUUGUAGGGUGCGAUACAGCACCUUCGAUUCCUCCCCACAACAGCGAUCGAGAUCAAGUAUUUGAAGUUGAGCCAGAAGUUCAGUCGGAGAUUGAGCCAGAAGUUGAGGUGGAAUCAACCCUGAGACAGACAAUCCGCCGAAGAGGAACUCAAUCAGAACCGCCUUGCAACCUUCAAGCACCACAAUGCCAUCACUGCAAAAGACGUGGGGAAGAAUGCAGUUUUCAGUUCAAGAACAACGAGAAUGAAGGGGCUGAGGAAGCGGAUAACCAGAAAGGUCUUCAUGAUGAUCAGCACGACGGCGACGAUAGACAGCGACGUGUGUCUUCUCCCAUCUCGCGCAGACAGCCCGGACCUUCAAGAGUCUCACCAACCCUAUGGCCAAAUCUGGAUAUUGAACAGUCACAACUGAGAUGGCACUACAACACGUUUGCGGCCAACUCCCUUGCCCUUUUACAAGAAGACCCGCGCCGAGUCAAACUGAUUUGGAAAGGCGAAGUAUCUCUUAAAGCCGAACACGAUCCAUGGAUCGAUCAUGCCACAAUGGCCAUUGCCGCUUUACACAUUUGCCAUUUAGAACCUCCCAACCCUGAGAGUUAUUAUACAGCUGCCUAUAAGAAUUACCGGAAUGCGGUAGUCGCUUUCCCCAAAGCAGUCAAGGACAUGAACCCGCAGAACAGUGUGGCAAUCCUAUCCUUCUCAUUGCUCAUCUUGAUGUUCCAAUUGGGUAUCUCGUGCGUGCCCGGCGCAGGACCGAUGUCCGAUGCCUUCCCAACUGUGGAUGCAUACAAUGCAAUCUCUGCUCUGCGAGGAACCUGGUCAUUAAUCGAUCAACUCGGUCCUCAUCUUCAAAAGAGCCAUUUGAGCGCACUAUUCAUACACCGAAAACAUCUCCGCUUCGAAGAGUUAGACGAAAGCCACGAAAAGGCGAUUGAAAAUCUCACGCACCUCAACGACACCGUUGAAUAUGGUCAGCCUAAUACAACGAGUCGCGGCGACAGCGAUCGUCAAACUUGCGCACAGGCCAUCACCGUCCUCCGCUUUUGGUUCAGUAUCAUGGCAGCGAAAUUACCCACUACAUGGCUGUUAUUGGUUUGGUGGCCCGCGGGUGUUUCUCCUGAGUUUUUGCUAUUGUUGAAGAACAAAGAUCCAAUGGCGCUGAUUAUUGUUUGUCAUUGGUGCUCUGGAAUGCAUCGUAUACCAACGAAAUGGUACUUGGAUGGAUGGGCGAGACGCAUGUUGAAGGCUAUGAUGGACUUGCUGGGUCCAGACUGGCAUUUUGCGCUGCGGUGGCCUAUGGACCAGGUAUUUCAGAGUGAGGGCGAGGAACCGUGA